AUGGCGCCAAUUGCCAGUAACCACCAAAGAAGAAAAAGACACCGAAGAAGACGAGCAGGAAGUAGAAGAAGCGCGUUGCAGGCUCAAUUCAGCUAAUAUUACUCCAGGACGGGACAGCCGAACCAGAAGGUAAGCUCUUCUCAGCUAACAAAAGCUUUGAUCGCAGGGAACGCCACUCGCCGUUUGGCAUCACCGGCUUGUUUUAUCUGUGACCUGAUCUUUGACCGUCAACAAAGCAGCCAUGUCGUCGACAUCUCAGAAACAUCGAGACUUUGUGACCGAGCCAAUGGGAGAAAAACCCGUGUUUGCUCUUGGAGGCAUCGGUGAGGUCCUCGGCAAAAGACUGGAGGAGAAAGGUUUUGAUAAGGCGUACGUCGUCCUUGGACAGUUUCUGGUACUCAAGAAAGACGAGGAGCUUUUCCGGGAAUGGCUUAAGGACACUUGUGGUGCAAAUUCGAAACAACAAGGUGACUGCUUCAGCUGCCUUAAAGAAUGGUGUGAUGCCUUCCUAUAAAGGAUUCGUCUGUCCAUUUUUUUUAUUUUUUUGGUAGUUGAAACGGUUCAUCGGCUCUUCACUAGAUUUAAAUCCACCGUAUGUGUAUAUAUAUAUAUAUAUAUAUAUGAACAAACACUGCAACACACCUAUGAGGUUUAUUGAAGUCAAGUUUUAAUCAUACGUUUGCUUUUUCACUGACGUUCACGGUCUGUUUCACAUUUUAAUUGUUCUUAAAAACCAUCUAAAUAAGUUUGAAAGUUAUUGGGGAAAGUUGUUUUACAAGAGUUCAAGCUUUACUGCUGAUAUUGAAUGUACACAACACAAGCUCAAGGCCCCUCCUCCCCGAUUCUGUUGACUUCACAUGAUUCAAAUUCAAGAAGGUUGUUUGUAAGCCAAAAAGAUCUUCAGCAAGUUUUGGGGUGCUGACAAACCAAAAUUGAUUGCAGCCUUUAUUUGACAAUCCCACAUCUGUGUUUGCCAAAUUAUUUAUAGACUGAUUUCCUCGGUUUGAACAAAGCUGCUCGCUAUUCACCCUUUCUUGAUUGAUGAUUUUGAUUUUCUAACGUAUCGAAAGGUUUAUAAAGCUACGUGAAGCUCAUUAGCACAUCAUAUCACUGUUUGUUAUCGAUGUGCUAUUUAUUGGUCUACAGCCAAUUUUUAAGAGAGUUGAUGGGUUGCCUGUUAGGCACAGUUGAAAACUACAUUAAAGAAAAAAAAAACUGUAAACUGACAUUCGUCUCAGCUGUGUGUGUAACAUUGUAAUUGGUUAACACAAAAGCAGUUUUGAAGUUUGACCUUCCAACUUUGUUCUGAACACGUGUACAAAUAACAAUGCUGGCAAUUUUUCUCUCAAACAAAAAAAUAUUAACUAGCAGAAAUAGACUGCAAUUGCUCCAACCAUAAUAAUAAAUACUAAAAAGGUCUCACAAAAAAAAAAGGCUUUUUGUUCAAAUGU